AUGCACUUACAACAGGGUGGCAGCAAGUAUCUGCUGCUGAUCGUGGAUGAAGCCAGCGGAUGCAUGAAGGGUUUUUGUCUGCAUUUCAAGUCAGAGAGCGAAGAGUGCAUCAAGAAGUACAUCACGAUGAUACAGACGCAGUUCAACAAGAAGGUCAAAUUUGUGCGACACGAUGGAGCCCGCGAGUUUGCGACGAACUCGCUUCAAGAUUUCUACGAAGUCGAAGGCAUCGAGCAACAAACCACGGUGCCAUACGCACAUCAAGCCAAUGGAACUGCUGAACGCGCGAUUCGAACUAUCGUCACCAUCGGUCGUAGCAUGCUCCAUCAUGCCAAGUUGGACAAGUGCUUCUGGGCUGAAGCGGCAAUGACGGCCGUCUAUGUGAAGAACCGUUUGCCGUCACCCAAGAUUCCACACAAGACACCGUUCGAGAUUGUCUACAAUUCUAAGCCAAGUGUCAAGCACAUGCGCGUUUUUGGGUGCCAAGCAUACAUCUUGACCCCGAAGGAGAAACGACUCAAGUGGGAUCCCAAGGCCCGGGCUGGAUUGUUUUUGGGCUACGAAGAAGUGUCCAAGGCGUAUCGAGUUUACGACAUCGAAGCGGGGCAGGUGAUGAUAAGUCGCGAUGUCAACUUCGAUGAGUCGGCCUUUGGAAUGUCGAUGCUGAUUUCCGAUGACGAUGUUGAUGGCCUGGACUUCGAAUCGAUCGAUCUUGAUGAUGAAGAACCGCGUCCGAGACACUUCAAACAAACAGGAAAGCGCAAGGCCCAACCCAGUCACGACAAUGACGACGCAAGCAUGCCCCGAGCAGUGCGCCAACGACCCGGAUUGGAAGAGUCAAGUGCGCCGGAUGACCUCUCUUCACGUCGAGCCAACGAAGAUGAAGAAAGGAAGUCGGAGGAACAACAUGACACACCAACUUCCUCCGCGUUUUGGCAUGCGAGUGCAAACGCCGUCGAAGCAGCGGUCGAUUUUUCGGAGCCGUCGACAUUUGAAGAAGCAGUGUCUGGCCCGGACCAAGUACACUGGCGCAAGGCAAUUGAUGCGGAGCUCGAUUCGAUGAAGCUUCGCGGUGUCUUUCGUGCGGCCAAGUUACCCAACGGACAAAGCGCCAUUGGCACAAAGUGGGUCUUCAAGAUCAAGCGCAAGGCGGAUGGGUCGAUCGAGAAAUACAAGGCACGACUUGUGGCCAAGGGUUUUCGCCAAAAGUAUGGCAUCGACUACACGGAGACGUUCUCGCCCGUGGUCAAGUAUGUGACGCUGCGAAUGGUCAUCGCCAUUACCAAGCACUUUGGAUGGCCCCUCGACCAGCUCGAUGUGGUGACUGCGUUCCUGUAUGGAGUGAUGAAGGAGAAGGUGUUCUGCGCUGUUCCGGAAGGCGUCAAGAUGGAAGGUGAUUUCGACUGUCUCGAGCUGAUCAAGGCGAUCUACGGUCUCAAGCAAGCCUCGCGUGUUUGGAACGAGACCUUCGACGAGUUCAUACGCUCGAUUGGUUUUCAAGCGUCGGGAUUCGAUCCAUGUCUCUACAUCAUGACUUCGGAAGGCCAUUGUGUUUUUGUGCUGGUCUACGUGGACGAUGUCUUGGUGACUGGAAGCUCGCUCGAGAUGAUUGCGCGCACCAAGAACGACCUCAAGACACGCUUCGAGAUGACGGACAGCGGCAAGUGUGCCUUUGUUCUUGGGAUCGAGUUAUUGGACGGUGAAGAUGGCAGCGUGACUAUGUGUCAGCGCCGUUAUGUCGACGAUGUCCUCAAGCGCUUUGGAAUGGAUGAGUGCAAGGCUGUGGCAAGUCCGGUGGACGUCAGCUCUCGACUGGUUCCAAGCAACUCUGCAAGCAAGGUGGAUGUCCCAUUCCGUGAAGCAGUGGGUGCUUUGAUGCAUCUGACGACUGCAACGCGACCGGACAUCGCCUAUGCUGUAAGCUUUGUGUCACGGUUCAUGGAGAAACCCCAAGAAGAACACUGGGUUGCAGUCAAGCGCAUCUUCCGCUACCUACAAGGCACCAAGAUGCAUGGAAUCUGCUACAAGCCAAGUGCGAAGAUCGACUUUCGUGGCUAUUCAGAUGCAGACUGGGCCGGUGACCUUGCUGAUCGCAAAUCGACGUCCGGCUACGUCUUCAUGCUAUUGGGUGCUCCGGUGAGUUGGGGCAGCAAGAAACAGCCAAGUGUGUCACUGUCUACAAGCGAAGCGGAGUACAUCGCGCUCAGCCUGGCGAUCCAAGAAGGCAAGUGGAUCAAUCGCUUGCUGUGCGAGAUCAUGGCGGCUGCAAACGAAGAAGGACCCGAGCUCGUCAUCCGUGAAGACAACCAGUCGUGCAUCAAGAUGACGAAGAAUCCGGUCAACCACGGCCGCGCUAAACACAUCGACAUCAAGUACCAUCACAUCCGUGAUGAAGUCAAGCGCGGCGAAGUGAAGCUUGAAUACUGCGAGACGACGUUGAUGUUGGCGGACAUCAUGACGAAGGGACUUCACGGACCGCGUCACAAGGACUUGACGGCGGCGCUUGGCAUCCGUGCGUGUUCGGAUUGA